AUGCCGCUUGCUUCCAAGAUGAACAGAUCGUUGCCCCACCUUAACUCUUCAGGCAGCGGCGAGAGCAACACGUGGCAGCUGGUCUCGAUCCUCAUUCCCCUGGUGUAUUCCUUGAUUUUCCUGGUGGGCACUGUGGGCAACGCUCUGGUGCUGGCUGUGCUGCUGCGGAACGGGCAGGUCAACACCACCACCAACCUCUUCAUCCUCAACCUGGGAGUGGCUGACCUGUGCUUCAUUGUCUUCUGUGUGCCCUUCCAAGCCACCAUCUACACCCUGGAUGACUGGAUCUUUGGGCCCCUCAUGUGCAAAGCCGUGCACUUCAUCAUCUUCCUGACCAUGUAUGCAAGCAGCUUCACCCUCACGACCGUAUCCCUAGACAGAUACUUGGCGAUAAGGUACCCUUUGCAUUCAAGAGAACUAAGGACUCCCAGAAAUGCACUCAUGGCCAUUUGUCUCAUCUGGGGCCUUUCUUUCAUCUUCUCUGGGCCUUACAUUAGUUACUACCAAGAGUUCCAGGUAGCCAAUGUGACCGUGUGCCAUCCCAUCUGGGAAGUCCCUCGACGCAAGAUCAUGGACCUCUGCACAUUUGUCUUCAGCUACGUCAUUCCAGUGGUGAUCCUGAGCUUCACCUACGUGAGGACCAUCCGGUACCUCUGGACUUCAGUGGACCCCAUCAAGGACAUGUCCGAUUCCAAAAAGGGCAAGCGCAAGGUCACUCGGAUGAUCAUCAUUGUCGCCGUUCUGUUCUGCCUUUGCUGGCUGCCCCACCAUGUGGUCAUCCUCUGGUUUUGGUUUGGCUAUUUCCCACUGAACAACGCUACCUAUGUGCUUAGGAUUCUCUCUCACCUGAUUUCAUAUGCCAACUCUUGCGUCAAUCCCAUUGUCUAUGCUCUGGUAUCCAAGCAUUUUCGCAAGGGAUUCAAGAAGAUUUUCAGUUGUCUCUUGCACAACAGAGUGAACAACAAGGUUCAUGUGGCACAGGUGACCCACACAGUCAGCAUCUUGGAGGCAGAUCUGACAGAGGUGAUCCAUGUACAUGAGCCUGCCCAGGCCAGGGCUUCCAGCUGCUGCCAGAUCCCAAUCCAGACAUGGGGAGAGGCAGAGCGGCUGAGUCUCCAAGAGAAAAUUGCCAACUCUUUCAUCACUUUCAAUGUCACUUAG